GGAUGGAACAGGGAUGGGACAGGGAUCAGGGCAGGUAUGGGACAGGGAUCAGGGCACGGAUAGGAUGCGGAUCCGGAUGCGGAUCCGGAUACGGGCGGGGAUGCGGGCAGGGCAGUGGGGCAGGGCCGCUCCCAGGCUCCUCCAGCUCCGCUGCCUCAGCCUGAGGAGCUGGGAAAGGACCCACUUAGUGGCCUGGAGAUGGCGACCCCGCAUUUGGCACCACUGGGACCUCCCAUCGGCACCUCUGGGUUCUCUCUGCCACCUCUGGGAGCCGUCUGGUGGCACCCAGCCCGGGCUGGGGGCCAGAGCCUCCCUCUGCUGGCAUCUGCCCAAGAACAUGGUGUUUUAAUCUGGUUUUCUACAGAAGCAGGGCUGAGGGCUAAAGGAGGAGCAGCUCUGGCAGAGUGGGCUCUGCUGGGACAUGGCACAGGGGGUUUGGGGUGCACUGUCUCCCGUGGGUGCAGCAGCCCCAGGUCUGCCUGCAGUGGCACGUUUUGGAGCUGCCCACUGUCCAUGGAUGCUGCAGGACAAGGGAGCUGGGGUCCAGCCAAAGUGGGGAUGCCCAGGUGAUGGUCCCUGUCCCCAAGCACCCAGUGGCAUGUCGUGGCUGACCUCACGCCCAGGUGCCAUCAGGACCCUCAUCCCCCUGAUGCUCCCUGUCUCUCCUCACAGCCGACCCCUGGUGGAAGAUGACGGUCCCUGUGCCCAACAGCUCAGCGGUGCCAUGGGCACGGCCGGAGCCCGAGCCGGAGCUGGAGAGGUCACCCUGCCUGGUCGGCAUCAUCCCCGUCGUGUAUUACAGCGUCUUGCUGGGGCUGGGGCUGCCAGUGAACAUCCUGACUGCCGUGGCCCUGUCCCGCCUGGCCACCAGGACCAAGAGAUCGUCCUACUGGUACCUACUGGCCCUGACCACCUCCGACAUCCUCACCCAGAUCUUCAUCAUCUUCGUGGGCUUCAUCCUGCAGACAGCCAUCCUGGCACGGGCGGUGCCCAGCGCCUUCAUCCACACCGUCAACGUGCUGGAGUUCACAGCCAACCACGCGUCCACCUGGGUCACCGUCCUGCUGACCGUGGACCGCUAUGUGGCCCUGUGCCACCCUCUGCGCUACCGCACCGUGUCCUACCCGCGGCGCACCCGCAAGAUCAUCGCGGCCGUCUUCGCCGUGGCCCUGGCCACCGGCAUCCCCUUCUAUUGGUGGCUGGACAUGUGGCGUGACGCCGACCCCCCCACGGCGCUGGACACGGCGCUCAAGUGGCUGCACUGCGUCACCAUCUACUUCCUGCCCUGCAGCAUCUUCCUGGCCACCAACUCCGUCAUCAUCCGCAAGCUGAAGCGGCGGAGGCGGGCGGGGGGCGGCAAGACCACGGCCCUUCUGCUGGCCGUCACCACCGUCUUCGUCGUGCUCUGGGCUCCCCGGACCGUGGUCAUGAUGUGCCACCUGUACGUGGCCUCAGUCAGGAGGGACUGGCGCGUGCACCUGGCCUUGGACAUCGCCAACAUGGUGGCCAUGCUCAACACCUCCCUCAACUUCUUCCUCUACUGCUUCGUCAGCCAGACCUUCCGCCGCACGGUGGGCGAGGUGCUGCGGGGACAGCCCCGGCAGGACACCCGCCGUGGCAGUGGUCACUUCCCUCCCCCAGCCCUGAAACCGCUGAAGCUGCUGGGCAGCACCGCGCUCUGAGCUGGGCCCGGUGCCCACCCAGCCCCAUGCAUGGCACCGGCAGCCAGGGAGACCCCACCCUCCACGGAGCCGGGGUUAACGCUGCUGCUGCUGCUGGUGGCAGGAGGAGGUGGUUGUGCCCAGACACUGCUUUGGGGAUAUCGUGGUGCCUGCCUGGCAGCAGCACCCCAGGAUGGGCAGCUCAGCCCUGCCCAUGCUCAGCCCCUCAUGCAAAAUUGGAACUCACCCAGGGAACUCACCCAGGGAACUCACCCAGGACAUGCCCCAGUUCAGUGGCACCGAGGGUGCUGGGGAGCCCAGGGGCUGCCCCUGGUGAGGGGUGGGGGGCACAAGUGAGUUCCUGUGAGCCCUGACAAGGAUGUGGUGCCCGCUGGGUGCCACUCCAUAAACUGCAGUGCUGAGACCAAAACUCUGCCUGGGUCGGGCUCCCCGCGGGCAGCUGGAACAGAGGCACCCUGCACCAGCGUCUUUGG